AGCAGCAGCGGUCCUACUGGUGGCCGUGCCUGAAACAGUGAUAAACCACUGCGAUAAAGACACAGCUGGUAUUAAACCGAGCAGAAAGAGUGGGAGAAAAUCCCAAACCAAGGCCCGGUUCAUGGAGCUCGGCUUCUGUGGUGUCGCUGACAUGUUUGUCCGGACUGGGCUGUAGAUUCCUGCGGCGGGGCUGAAGAGGAUGGGCUCAGUGUCCCUGAGCCUAAGGAGAUGUCUCUGGGUCGGCUCCUUCGGCGUGCCUCCUCCAAGGCGUCCGACUUCCUGACCUUGAACCCUGGGGCGGGAGGCUCAUCGUUGCGCUCUGGGCUGGAUGGCGAGAUCAUCUUCUCCAAGAAUAAUGUUUGCGUGCAUCCUAUGGAGCCCCUCCCUGGCCUGGCCGAGCACCACCCAGGCUACCUGUGCGUUCAUGUGGAGAAAGAUGAGUGCCUGGGCUCCACACUGAUCCUGACCUGGGUGCCAAAUUCCCGCAUCCAGAGGCACGAUGAGGAGGCGCUGAGAUACAUCACUCCAGAGAGCUCCCCUGUGCGUAGGAACGCCCGCCGCAGAGGGAGACGGCCACGCUCACGUCCUCCAGCAGCAGCCCCAGAGGAAGAGGAGGACGAGGAGAGGAACUUUACCAGCAGCACCUCCACCCAGAGCCUGGUGGGUGAGAGUGGCUCAGACCCGUCCUCUAACCAUCAGCAGCAGCUGCUUUUAGCUGGGGAGGAGGGCGACGAGGGCUCCUAUGAGCUGUCGGACGAAGUGAGCCGGGACAGCACCAUGGGCUCAGACUCGGACACCUUCUCCUCUCCAUUCUGUCUUUCUCCUGUUAGUGAGGCUCUGUGCGAGAGCAGCAGCUCCGUCUUCCUGGACACAGAAAGCAGAGAGCUGUGCGAGGAGUCCAUGAACCACUCGGUGAGCUCCACAUCCAGUCUGGAUAGCCACGCCCCCUCUGAGGGCGGCUGUCAGUCGCAGGCCAUGCGCUGGGAGGAGCAACAGAAGCUGCUGGCGCUGGAGCAGCUGUGUGGAGUCUUCAGGGUGGAUCUGGGUCACAUGAGGUCACUGAGGCUCUUCUUCAGUGAUGAUGCAUGCACCAGUGGCCAGCUUGUGAUAGCUAGCAGAGAGAGCCAGUAUAAGAUCCUUCACUUCCAUCAUGCUGGUCUAGACAAGCUAGCAGAGGUCUUCCAGCAGUGGAAGUGCUGCAGGGAAACCCAACCUAAGGACCAGGUGUCAAACGAAAAGUCAUGCAUGCAGUUUUCCAUCCAGAGGCCCACCCUGCCAUCAACUGAGACCCACCCAGAGGAGAGGCUUUACCGGCGAGUAGACGUCAGCACCUGGCUACGUCACCUCAACCAAAGCGGGCAGGUGGAGGAGGAGUACAAGCUCCGGAAGGCCAUCUUCUUUGGCGGCAUCGACCCGUCCAUCCGAGGCGAGGUGUGGCCCUUUCUGUUGCAGUACUACAGCUACGACUCCAGCUCUCAGGAAAGAGAGGCCUGGAGGCUGCAGAAACGAGCUCACUAUCAUGACAUCCAGCAGAAAAGAUUAUCCAUGAGCCCCGAGGAGCACAGCGAAUUCUGGAGAAAGGUCCAGUUCACGGUGGAUAAAGACGUGGUCCGAACGGAUCGCAGCAACCACUUCUUCAGAGGAGAGAAUAACCCAAACGUGGAGAUCAUGAGGCGGAUUCUGCUCAACUAUGCAGUGUUUAAUCCCGACAUGGGUUACUGUCAGGGCAUGUCCGACCUGGUGGCCCCCCUGCUCACUGAGAUCCAGGACGAAAGCGACACGUUCUGGUGCUUCGUGGGCCUCAUGGAGAAAACCAUCUUCAUCAGCUCCCCGCGAGACGAAGAUAUGGAGCGGCAGCUGAUGUACCUGCGGGAGCUGCUGCGCGUCAUGCUGCCCCGCUUCCACCAGCACCUGACCCGCCUGGGAGAGGACGGCCUGCAGCUGCUUUUCUGCCACCGCUGGAUCCUGCUCUGCUUCAAGAGAGAGUUCCCCGACACAGAAGCGCUGCGCAUGUGGGAGGCCUGCUGGGCACACUACCAGACGGACUACUUCCACCUCUUCCUGUGCGUGGCCAUCAUUGUGCUGUACGGGGAGGACGUGACGGAGCAGCAGCUCGCCACCGACCAAAUGCUGCUGCACUUCAGUAAUCUCUCCAUGCAUAUGAAUGGAGAGCUGGUGCUACGCAAGGCCCGCAGCCUCCUCUACCAGUUCCGCCUUCUUCCCAGGGUGCCCUGCAGCCUGCACGACCUUUGCAAGCUGUGCGGCCCAGGGAUGUGGGACAGCCGCUACAUCCCCACCGUAGAGUGUUCAGGAGAACACCCGGACUCACAGAGCUGCCCCUAUGGAGGCACCUCCACCCCUCAGCCCUCCUCACCCUCCCCGUCGUCCUCUCCAAACAACACCCCCACCCCCCCGCUGAACGGCAAGAGAGGCUCCAAGAAACGGGACAUUUUCACCUUCCGGAAGCAGUCCUGAGGGGGUUAUUACUUUAGUUUCACCCUUUAAAACGGGAUUUUUUUUUUUUUAUGUUUUGUACUCAAACAUUCAUUUGGUGCAAUGUUGAACACUGCCUUACCGGGGUGUUGCUGGUAAAUUUCAGCAUCGCAUAAAUCUGCAAUGAGGGCAGCUUGAGGCCAGAUAGAUCGAAGGUCAAGAAGAUGCUUUCUCCAAGGAGCAGAACAGACAAUCAUCAGGCGCUGUGGCGGUCUGGAGCUACUUCAGGUUUAAGUCUGCUGCUGGUUUGGCAUUCUUCCACAGGAUUUGUGGGCAGCAGGAGGGUCACAGCAGGGUCUCAGACAGCUGGGCUCUCAGACCAUCAAGGGUCAAGAAGCCAACCUGGGAGUCUUUUCGCUGAACUUGAGCUUGGACGCUUAAAAAUUUUCUGGGGUUCCCACAAUGGCACAAUUGUGUGAAUUUAAAAAAAA